UCUCUGUUUGUGGUCACGAAAAAGCGUAAAAUUCGAAGUUUUCAACACAAACAAUACUAAGUACCUAAGCAGACAAAAAAUAGGGACGUGCAGCAGCAUCAGUAGCGGAUCGUUUGGUUAUUAAUGUCUGAGUUAAAUGGCAAAGACGCUAUCCGAGGGCCCAACGGCCUUUAUUUCUAGCGAGCCAGAGAGUCUUGGAUUCGACCUAACUUCCGGUUUAAAAUGGAUCUACCCAGAGAAUUAUCCGCGCCGAGAAUACCAGUUCUCCAUUGUCCAGACUGCUCUUUUCAACAAUACACUCGUCUGCCUGCCAACAGGCUUGGGCAAGACCUUCAUUGCAGCUGUGGUUAUGUACAAUUUCUGGAGAUGGUUCCCCAGAGGCAAGGUUGUCUUUUUAGCCCCUACCAAGCCACUCGUUGCUCAGCAGAUUCAGGCCUGUCACGAAAUUAUGGGCAUACCCCACGACCAAACAAUUGAGCUCACUGGAGCUACUGUUCAGGUCAAGCGCAGACUAGCCUGGACCCAGAAAAGAGUAAUUUUUGCUACACCACAGACUUUUCAGAAAGAUCUGCAACACGACUGUGUGCCUUGCGAGUUGAUAAAAUGCAUUGUUAUUGAUGAAGCUCAUAAGGCUCUGGGAAAACAUUCCUAUUGCGAGAUUGUGCAGUUGUUAAAUAAACAAAACAAGUUUUUUCGCGUGCUAGCCCUGUCUGCAACUCCCGGAAGUAAAAUAGACCAUGUUAGAGAAAUAAUUCAAAAUCUACUCAUCUCUGAGCUGGAGCUAAGAGAUGACUCUUCCCCUGAUAUUAUACCUUAUACCAAUGUCAGAUCGAUAGAGAAAGUAAUUGUUCACCUAGGCAAGGACCUUAAUGAGUUUAAAGAGAGGUACAUAAGGAUAAUGGACCCUCAUGUUCGAAUUCUGAUUACUAAUCAUAUUCUUCAAGGCUGCACGGCAACUAUAUCGAAAGGACGGAUAUUCAUGUUAAUGAAGCAGUACGAUAAUAGGCCUCAUAAAGCAAAAAAUCACGGCACAAUUAUUAAAACACUUACCAUAUUACUCACAAUGUACCAUGCAUAUGAACUUCUGAUUAAGAAUGGACUUCGGGCAUUUUACAAUUUUUAUUUGAAUCAUGCAGACAAAUUCUGGCUUACUACGGAACUGGAUUUACGGUUACUGCUUGAAGACGUUAAAAAGUACAUAGGCGAUUUUCCAAAAAUAAAACCUUUACCUGACGGUAGCAUUCCUAAAGUACAAAAUGAUUUAGUUUUUGGACACAAUAAAUUUGACACACUGCAACAAUUGUUAGAAGAACACUUCAGAACGUUUGCUAGUCAAAACCGGAGUACAAGAGCGAUUGUUUUUGUUGAAUAUCGGGAUAUUGUUAAUGAAGUGUACGUACUCUUAUUACAAAAAAGACCUCUUAUCAGGCCUCAGAUAUUUGUUGGACAAGCCGGUCAAAAACAAAAAGAACAAUUGUCUGCCAUAGAGAAUUUUCGUAACAACAAAGUGAACGUCUUGAUCUCUACGUCAGUUGGAGAAGAAGGUUUGGACGUAGGUGAGGUUGACUUAAUUAUUUGCUUUGAUAUUUCCUCAAGCACACCUAUCAGGCUUGUACAAAGAAUGGGACGGACUGGCAGAAAGCGCAGUGGACGUGUGGUCCUGCUAUUAACAGAAGGAAAAGAAUUUCAGACUUUAAAUCAGGCGUUGUCAAAGAAAGACACAAUAAAUGCUAAAAUUCUACAGUCAAGUAAUAUCGCCUCAUCGUUGUAUCAAUCAAGUCCUCGAAUGGUACCAGUCAACAUGAAUCCUGAGUGCCAUGAGAUGUUUAUCAAAAUUUUACCUAAGAUACCAAAGGUUAAGUCCACUUCGAUGAAGCCUGCUAAACAAACUGCAGUGCCUAGCGAAAAAAACCGUAAAAAGAAGAACAAAACAGAUGCCACUCUGGGAAGCCAGUCUGCUGAGUCUCAAUCAUCGACAUUUAAGACUAGCCUAGGUCUUAGGAAAAAUGGAGGUGGUCAGACGUCACUGAUGAGGUUCCUACAGCCGUCAAACUCGUUAGCAGCAGCAACAGAAACAGCAGUAGUAACAGCUUGCACUAGCAGCAACGACAUGGGUACCUCUGGCCCCGGUAACGACAACGACUCUGGCAUUCUCUCCCAAGAACACCGAAAAGGAUCGCACACCCUAGAAAACGUGUAUGUGAACCUUCUCCCAGCCGAUGUGCCCCUCCUGAGCUGUGACAACCUCGUCCUCGAGUUUCUCAUACUGUGCACGAUGAAGCGUUCAGAAGAUUCAGAGCCUUUUAGCCGUAGCCCGUCCUCUUGGCUUGUCUGGUUGCCCUUCCCCGAGAAGAUCAGCAGCUGUAAUGACGGUCAACAGACAGAUCUGGUGAACUUCUUUGGUGGGAUUUGGUUACCUCCCAAUAAUAACCUCGAGUCCAUCAGCCAGCUGGUACUGUGCAAGCCCGUUCGCUUGCCUGGCGAGUUGGAGGACUCCUUGCUAGAUACUGGGUUUCCCCCGCAUUACGACGUUGACAAUGCCCAACAGAUCUGCUCGAGUUUUGGGUCCAUUGACGACUUUAAGGAUUAUGGUGAUGUCCAAAUCAUCGAAUCCAAGUACACUGACAACAGCAGCAAUAAUAACAACAUCCGUAGCCAGUGGAAAGAUUUGGCAGAAAAUGCAACAGCAGCCUUAAAGCUGGUGCAACCUUCUGAAGCUGACUGUGCGCAAGUUGAGGUCGACUUCGAUGCCAUCUUAGACGAAACGUCACCAGACGCUGCUGGUUACAGUAGCAGCAAUAGCAGUACUAAAAAUAACUGCAUCAAUCCCGCACGCAUCACACGCAACAUAUUCGAGGAACUGCUUGAGGCAACCAGUGAUGAAGACGAUGUAGACCUGUUUGAAGAUCUCAGCCCCAUUACAACUAAUGUCCAAAAAGGCGUAGGAAAACGCAAUGCCAGUCGAAGUCCCAGCUACGAUUUGCCCGUCAUUAUAAAGCGGCAGCGUUUACUGUCUCACCUUAACGCUGACUCUUCUGACGACGAAGCCGUCUUCGGCACGCCGCCGAAACCCAAACCCAAGACUAAAAAAGCUGUUCCAUCAUCGGCCCUUCUACAACCACCUUCUUCCAAGGAGACCCCUGCCACCAUGUUUUAUCUGGACUCCGAGGAAGAUUUUUUUGAUGACAUGGACGACUUUGAGACACAGUUUAGCCCUAAUCCAACGCCACCAAUGACUGUUGGACAAGGUGGAUGCGUCCAAGGAGAGGAGCUACCAGUCGUGCCCCAGAUGUUGAGCAACAACUGCAACGACCAGCAAAAAAAAGACGUUGGUGAUGAGAAAAAUGAGCGCCAGUCUGCUAUUGACGGGUCCAAACAGGGUGUGACUAACGAAAGCGAGCUUGCGUCUGACUUGAAUUUUGAUGAGAAUGAUGAUUUUGAGCAGGACUCCAUCAUUGUCAUUGCUGUUCCGAAGGAACAACAAGAGAAGUUAAGCAGUUACUUCACAGCCAGUUAUGGCAGUGGCAAGCAUGGUGCUCAGAGCUCCAACGUGAAGCUCCAGACAAACUCAACAGACUGGAUCUCAACUGGUGGCUGCAAGUCAGAAAACAAGAUGCUUAGUUUAAAGAAUCUGAACUCUGUGGGAAGUGAAGUUUUAGAGAAUAAUAUAAAUACUCCGACAGAAGGCUCUACCAGCAGGCUGAUCGAUGUUCAAAAGAAUUAUCGAGCUGAGUUCGACAAGUCUGCUCAUCUGAGUAUGCGAAGAAACAGACUGAAUGGAGUGGUUACCAGGGAUAGGGAUGGUUUCACCCUGCCAAGCCAGCUAGCUAGCAGAGCAUCUAUUUUGCCUGAGAAAAAAAAGUUUUGCCCAGGCACUGGGACAGGGAGUUGCAAGAAAAACAUCCCUGCGAGCUCGGUGAGCCCGUUUUUUCGCAGGCAUUGUAGCGAAAGUAGCCUAUUCGUCCAAAAAUUUAAAAAGGAAGCCAAUAAUUGGGAAAAGAAACGUGGGAGGGGUAGAUGCCGACAACUGGUCAAGAAGUUCAUCGAGGAGGAGGCCGAGGUCUCAUCGGACUGUGAUACGUCUGGUGGCAGCUCUAGCGAGGAGAAUGACGCCCACGAUGACAUCGGCAAUUUCGUGAGUUACACUCAGGUUCCUGAGGACGAAAAAAUGCGUGCUCAUUACCUGCAGACCAUUCAUCGUGCUGGUCCAGUGCGUUCUGGUGCUUUCAUUAUCAAAGAACUUCCUUAUCGGUCGAUCGAGCACUCAAGCGUCUACUCUCAGCCUGUUUCCCAGAUUGAAGAUCACUACUUGCACGAUUCAUUUUGCGUCGAUGACGAGACUCAAGAAGCUACAGAUAGUAGCGAUAGCUUUUCAGAUUCUUUUUUAGAGCACAUAGAGUCUACUCUAGAAAAAAAAAGACGUGAGAAAAAGAAAAAACAAAAACUAAAAGACGUGGACAAAAAAAAGGCAAACAAAGGAAGACAAAACUCUGAUAGCAAUAGUGAAAUUACGAAUGAUAGCAGUGAAGAUGAAAUCGAAAUAUUACGGAGGCAAGUUUUGGAACAGUCAUUACAAUUGAAAAAUUAAAUUUUAUUGUCUCAGAAGAAAUCAUGUUUUUAUUAAUACGUUACUUGUAAGAUAUGUAAAUUUAUAAAUGCUUCGUGAUCGUUAGCCAGGGAGUAAAUUGUUAAUUAUAUGUUUUUAUUACAUAUUUUUGUGUAAAGAGGUAUUAGUGUAACGAAAAUUUUUAAUUUCAAGUGCUAAAACAGAAAUCUAAUUACCUAAAAAUUUGAACUUUAAUCUUUUUUUCUUUUUAUAAGUUUUUUCUGCAUUUGGUAGACUUAAUAUGUACAAUAAAAAUGUAUACAAUUUGUACUAAAUUUCAUUUAACUAGCCAAUGUAAAUUUUCCAA